UCCUCCCCGAUUGUCUCAAAAGUGACGCAGCACGACGACAUGGCCAAGCGGAGUCGAGUCCGACUUCGGGAUGCUGGAGCAGAUGAGAUCCAGAAUCGGUACCAUGGUUCAGCUAUGUCCGAAUGAGACUCUGAUUAGCGUGUAUGCGCUGCGUGCGCAAGUCGCGUGACGGGCGCUACUUUUCCGAUUUUCUUCUGGUCAACUGUUGAAAUGUGAAAUAAGAUGCAUCUGUUUAGGAGUUACAAUUAUCAAGUGUUUCCGGACCGAGACUUAGUGGACACGCCGACCAUACGCGGCAUCAGAUGGACUCCACUACUACCACGGGUGCUGGACUCAAAGGACACAAUGAAGCAGUUCCCCUCAGAUCGCGUGGUGAAGGCCGCAAGGUCCGUGUACAGAGCCAUGGUCGUGAGGAACCCUGGCUUGAUCCGAGAUCGAAAACAUCACCUCAAAACUUACAGACAAUGCUGCUCUGGUAAAGAACUUGUCGAUUGGCUGAUGGGACAAAAUGAAGGCCUGCAGUCAAGAAGCCAGGCAGUCGGAAUGUGGCAGGUCCUGGUGGACGAAGGAAUCCUGGUUCAUGUGAAACAUGAGGUGAACUUCCACGACAAGGACACGCAGUUCUACCGCUUCCUGGAUUCCCAGUUUGGACCAAACCACCUAACAAAGGACUCGGAGGAUGAGCUGCAGGAAAGCCUGUCGCUGCUGUCUCAGCUGGGCCCUGACGCCUUACUCACGAUGAUUCUACGCAAAUGUCCAGCCCAGAGAAGUGCUGAGGACCUGGAGGUCAUUUAUGAGGAGCUUCUCCAUGUCAAAGCCGCCGCUCAUCUUUCCGCCUCGGUGCGGAAAGAGCUGGCAGCUGUGCUGAUGUUUGAAUCACAUGCUAAGGCCGGUACCGUCCUGUUCAGUCAGGGGGACAAAGGCACUUCCUGGUACAUCAUCUGGAAAGGCUCCGUCAAUGUCAUCACACACGGGAAGGGUCUGGUGACCACACUGCACGAGGGCAAAGAUUUUGGGCAGUUGGCCUUGCUGAAUGACGCCCCGCGUGCCGCCACCAUCAUCCUGAGGGAGGAUAACUGUCACUUCUUGCGUGUGGACAAACACGACUUCAUACGGAUUCUCAAGGACGUAGAGGCUAACACGGUGCGAUUGGAGGAGCACGGGAAAACUGUGCUGGUGCUGGAGAAAUGUGCUGACCCAGAUGAGCAGGGGGGAGCUGGAAACAAGUACACUGUGAUGUCAGGAACGCCAGAGAAGAUCUUGGAACACUUCCUGGAAACAGUAAAGUUGGACUCCAACGGGACUGAUGCCAUCGAUUCGUGUGUGAGCGAUUUCUUGCUCACCCACAGAGUCUUCAUGCCCUCCAGUCAACUGUGUCCUGCACUGCAGCAUCACUACCAGGCAGAGCUCUCUGAGGGAUCCGAGCAGGAGAAGGCCGCCUACGUUCUCAACACGAAGCAGAAGGUGGUGAAGCUGGUUGGUCAGUGGGUAGCACUCUAUGGUCUUCUGCUGAGGGAAGACCCCAUUGCCGUAACGUUUCUGGAGAAGCUAAAGAAGGACAUUGCAGCGGAUUUUCGUUUGGCUGGCGUGCUGAAAGAUCAAUUACGGGAUAGAAGAAGAACAAAAGUGUUAGAGAAUGGCUACCACUCAUUGGGCAGAAACUCAUUUGACUGGUUUGCUCACAGCGAGGAGUCUGUUGGACGGAUACAACCAAUCAAAGCGCAGGAUAAAGUGUUAUACGAGAUUUACACGCCAGACCACCAAGCUCUCACGCUGAUACUGCCGGUCAACAUGUCCGUCCAACAAGUAAUGCUGUCACUAGUCAAAGCUGGAGGAGAUCACGUGCUGGUCAAGAUGAACUCAGCUGGAGAAAGAGCCCAGUUGAAAUUGGAUGCCACAGCCGUGUUCACCGCGCUGGGACUCAACGAGAGACUCUUCAUCUGCACCAGUGGCCAAGUUGAAAAACUGACGCCCCUGAAAGAGCAGCAGGGUCCCGAGCGAGGAAGUGCCAACACACUUGAGCAAAUGUGCUCCAAGGACAUCGCCAAUGAACUCACCAACUACGACUGGGAACUGUUUACCGCCAUGCACGAGUCUGAGCUCAUCCAUUACGUAUUUGGACGUCAAAAGUUCCCAGUCUCCAUAACGGCCAACUUGGAGCGUUUUGUCCGUCGCUUCAACGAGGUUCAGUACUGGGUGGUGAGCGAGCUCUGCCUUUGUGAAGACCUGGUCAAACGAGCCAUCGUGCUGAAGAAGUUCAUCAAAAUCGCUGCAGUAUUAAAGGAGCAGAGGAAUCUCAAUUCCUUCUUUGCCGUGAUGUUUGGUUUGAGCAACAGCGCCGUGCAUAGGCUUUACAAGACCUGGGAGAGAAUACCCGGUAAGACAAAAAGAAUCUACUGCGCCUACGAGAGGCUUAUGGAUCCUUCACGCAACCACCGAGCUUACAGGCUGGCUGUGGCCAAACUCAACCCCCCUUACAUCCCCUUCAUGCCUCUCAUACUCAAAGACAUGACAUUCAUCCACGAGGGAAAUUCCAACCUGGUAGACCGGCUGGUCAAUUUUGAAAAGAUGCGCAUGAUUGCCAAGACUGUGAAAAUGGUGCGGCUUUGCCGGAGCCAACCUCAUGUGCCUUCGUCGCCACAAAGAGGCCUUGCUGACCGAAUGUUUCUGGAAAGCCCUGCUGCACGCUUAUCUACAUACUCGGACCACGCACUCCCUUUGCGGAGUCCCAGCAACAUCCAACACUACAUCCAGAACCUGAAUGUGAUCGACAACCAGCGCAAACUAACACAGCUAUCGAGGACACUAGAAUGCUAGCGCACAGAAACUCCGUGAACAAAUACUCGAGCUCUGGAGGUGCUGCUAGGCUGGUUGUCAUGGCGACCGACUCAAGGAUGAGACGAACUUAUGCUGAACUGCAAUCAAGCUGACGGCCUUCCAACACUCUCUUGUGUUUUUGUGUUAUUCAUCAACUUCAUAGACUGCAGUCACACACCACUUCACAAAACGCCAGAGGAACACAAUCAGCCUUUCACUAUUCGGUCAGUCGUUUAUGCACAAAUGUUUAUAAAUCAGUAGAUGCUCUGUAUAUGCAUAUUUCAUACAUUUGUUUUUCUUAAUAAAUUAUUUUCCCAA